AAUCCCCCUUUUCUAUGGUUUAGGGUUUUGGCCCUUUUUUUUUUCCUUUGAAAUUUCUCACUUUCAGACGAUAAAACGAAAAGAAAUUGAAAGUCCGGUAGCAUUUGAAGCAAUUUUGGCGGUUCAGAACAUGCAAUUUCUCCGUCGACGACGACGACCAUGAUUGAGAAGGCCAGUAAGAAGCAGAAGAAAGGCUCCGUCAGCGAAGAAGACGUUGUCUCUCUCUUACAAAGCAGGUACACGGCAACAACGGUGCUGACACUGCUUAACGAAGUAGCGAACUGUACGGACGUGAAGAUUGAUUGGAAUGUGUUGGUGGAGAAAAGUUCGACUGGGAUUUCGAAUGCCAGCGAGUACCAGAUGCUCUGGCGUCACUUAGCUUAUCGCCACAGUUUCCUUGAGAAAUUCGAGGAUGGGGCUCAACCUUUGGAUGAUGAUAGUGACUUAGAAUAUGAAUUGGAAGCUUCUCCUGUUGUUAAUAAUGAAACUUCAAAUGAGGCUGCAGCUUGCGUGAAGGUGUUGAUUGCAUCUGGUUUACCAAGUGACACCAACCCGAGUGGAUCAACAAUUGAGGCACCAUUGACCAUAAAUAUACCUAAUGGCCAGCCUUCGGGAGCUUUAGAACAACCAAGUUGUUCCACACAAGGAACAAACAUUAUAGUUCCAGUGUCCGUUCAGAAGCAACCUGCACCUGCAGUAACAGUUGUGGAACCUUUAGACACAAAUGGAUCAGCUUCUGGAAACUUGCUUAAAAGGAAGAGAAAACCAUGGUCAGAGGCUGAGGAUUUGGAGUUGAUUGCUGCUGUUCAAAAAUGUGGGGAAGGGAAUUGGGCAAAUAUUUUAAGAGGAGACUUCAAGGGGGACAGAACUGCCUCACAGCUAUCUCAGAGGUGGGCCAUUAUUAGGAAGCGACAUGGAAACUUGAAUCUGGGAAGCAGCUCAAAUGGUACGCAACUCUCUGAAGCACAGCUGGCAGCUCGUCAUGCAAUGUCCCUAGCUCUGAAUAUGCCAGUUAAAAACUUAACAGCUAAUACAAUAAGCCACGCUGGAACAACUGCCCUUAAUAACUCAAUGGGAACAAAUUCCACCAAUAAAUCUGCCGGAACAAAUGCAGCUGCUGGUGGCAACAGCUCUUUACAAUUACAAAAUCAGUCUCAAGAAAACCUUGCAUCGAAGGAAUCCCCAGUUGGGUCAUUGGGUCCCAUCACAAAAGCUAGAAUACCCAUGAAAAAACCUCUAGUGAAGUCUACUCCCAGUUCAGAUGCCAUGGUAAGAGCCACCGCGGUUGCUGCUGGGGCACGCAUUGCUUCUCCAUCAGAUGCUGCAUCAUUGCUCAAGGCUGCUCAAGCAAAGAAUGCUAUCCAUAUUAGGCCCACAGGCAGCGGUUCCAUUAAAUCUUCAAUGCCUGGUGGCCUGCCCGCCCCGUCGGAGGCUCAUCCUAAUGUACAUUAUAUCCGCACGGGCCUGGCAUCUGCGCCAGUUUCCAACUAUGCUGCUGCCACACCUAGUGUUCCGUGCCCUGCUUCUGUUAAGUCCAUCUCAUCGCCAGUUCAACAGACUCCAACUUCAAAUGGCACAUCCCUAGAUGUGUCAUCUAAGCAGAAAAAUUAUGUGAGUUGUACUCCAGCACAUGAACUUCCUUUGAAGCAAGAGGCUAAGACAGUAGAAGAAAUAAAAGUUCCUGCGUCGGGGUCUGCUGCAAAACAGCAAAUCCAAGGAGAUGGAGCAUGUGUCUCAGCAAAUUCUCAGGAUGGUUUAGUCCAAGAUAAUAAAGUGGCUGCACCAGAUCCCGAUGCUGAGUUGAAAGGUACUUCUGAUGUUGGUAAACCAGUUAGUACAUUGAAUGAGAGGACAGCAGAAAAUGAUCGACUUAUUGUUGACAUCAAAUUUAAAGAUAGGGAAAGUGAAAAAGGUAAUGAGAUAAUAAGUUCCCUUGUUGGAGCAGGUGAGAAUAGUGAACACCAAAACAUAUAUAAGAUGCAGGAAGAUCAUGCAGUUGGAGAAAAUGUUGAGCCCCAAAACAUUGAUAAAAUGCAAGAUCUUGCAGUUGGGGAAAAUGGUGAGCCCCAUAAAAUAGAUAAGAUGCAGGAAGAUCAUGCAGUUGGGAUAAUAAGUUCCCUUGUUGGAGCAGGUGAGAAUAGUGAACACCAAAACAUAGAUAAGAUGCAGGAAGAUCAUGCAGUUGGAGAAAAUGGUGAGCCCCGAAACAUUGAUAAAAUGCAAGAAGAUCUUGCAGUUGGGGAAAAUGGUGAGCCCCAUAAAAUAGAUAAGAUGCAGGAAGAUCAUGCAGUUGGGAAAAACGGUGAGGCCCCAAACACUGAUAAGAUGCAGGAAGAUUGUGCAGUUGGGAAAAACGGUGAGGCCCCUAACACUGAUAAGAUGCAGGAUGAUCAUACGUCUGAGAAAAAUGGUGAGCACCAAAACAUAGAUAAGAUGCAGGAUGAACAUACGGCUGAGAAAAAUGGUGAGCCCCAAAACAUAGAUAAAGAUCUUGCAGUUGGGAAAAGUGGUGAGCCCCAAAACAUAGAGAAGAUGCAGGAAGAUCAUGCAGUUGGUAACGAUGGUGAGGCCCAAAACACGAAUAAGGUGCAGGAGGAUCAUGCAGUUGAGGAAAAUGUUGAGGCCCAAAAUAUAGAUAAGAUGCAGGAAGAUCUUCCGAGCACGACGGCAGAUGGAUCCAGUCGGAAAUCGGAGAAUUCGUGCAAAGAAGCAAGCAAUGAGAUUUAAAUUUUAAGGGGGCAAGAGGCGUCAAGGGUAUAUUGCUCAAAUUAACACUUGUUUUUUGUUUCCUCUAAUUUUUUAGGAAUUAGGAAUAUUGUAAAUUUGGAUGGUAAAGAAUCUGGUGGGAAUUAAAGGAUUGAUUACUAUCUUUGUCAAAUUAUGUAAAUUAUUCGGCUGUUUC